GGAUUGAACCCACAACCUCAUGGUUCCUAGUCGGAUUCGUUAACCACUGCGCCACGAUGGGAACUCCUCUUCCAAGAGCUUUGAGUGCAAUUGGAAAAAGGAAAUUCUUGGGGAGCGGGGGGCCGAUUUCUUGGACCACUGUGCUGUUAAUUAACGGGAUAUGUUCCAGUAACAAGUUGUGCUUUGGAAACUUUGUCACCAGAGGUGAAAUUACACAAAAUUCAUGAGAAUGGGAGCAGAGUGUGAAGAUGUGGAUCUGCACAUUCCUUCCUACAGUGUCCUUGUCACUCUAAGCAUUAAGGGCACUAAAGGGGGUCAAGUCCCCUUCCCCCACUCUGUGUUCUUGUGGAGGGAACUUGAUCAGGAUUCAUUUGGUUAUACCUUCGAGGAGGAAACUAUGUUUAACUAGAUUAGGCAACAAAAAUGGUUUUGCUGGCUCGUGUGACUGGAAAGUCCAGACGUGGACUUUGCUUCGGUCAUGGCUAUAACCAACACCUCACGUGAGUCUGUUUGAGUUCUUUCUCUCUCUCCCCAUUCCUCAGCUUCUCUUCUUUCUGGAUCAGCUACAUUCUGAAGCCCCUUUCUACAUGCUGAGAAAGGCGAGUGUUGGUAGUUCCAAGCCUGCAUUUCUGGGCCUUUGAUCUAUAAGAAGGAGAAGUCUUGUCUCAUCCAGGUCCCAUUUAUAGAAAUCUCCUGACAUGGCUCUGAUUGGCCCUGCUAUGUGGUCAUUGAAUCAAUCUAUGUCUGGCAGAGGGUGUUCCUGCAAUAGUCUUGGACUGGAUCAUGUGGUGCUUUAGUGGGAUGGGGAAGAAGACACUGGCAGGUGCACCAUUAUUGACAGUUCUGUCAAGAUCUUAUAGAUCUCCCAAGCCAAUGAUGCUACCAAUCAAAAACAACAUGUCUAUUAUUGGGAAGAAUUGCCCCCUCCUUUUUUUGGGAUAGCUCCUUGCACAACAGUGUGAAGUUUGCACAUGCAAGCAACUCAAGUACCCAAGGCCAUGCAAAUUCCAGAAGUAGGACCUCUUCUCUCUUGGCUAAGGCAAAGCCUGGUGAUGAGAUAAUUUCCCUCCAUGUCAGACUUUGCUGAGAAGACUCAUAAUGUUAUUGAAAGAGGAGCCCACCAUUUACCUAUGUCCAUUUGCUUUCAGCAGAUACCCCUGUGCCUUAUUUCCAGCCUAGGGAUUUUGUUUCCAGAGUGCCUGGUUAUCUAGGGAUCAUGAGAUCGAAGACUCUGAAGUUGGAUGUUGUAGAUCCAAUGACACAGUGACAGUUUGAACAAGGAAGUGAAUGGAAACAAUUUCACAAAGCAUCAAUGCCCAAUUGUUUAUACAUACUCAUGGAGUUUGUGGGAAAUGUGCAGAGGGAAGGCGGCAGGCACAGACUACAGUUAUCACUCAGGAGACCUGAAAUGAUGGGUCCCAAAUUAGAAUAUUGUCAUUUGUAAGCAACAUUAUGAAGGUCUGGUGAGGAUGAAGGAAUCUGUGUGUUGACAGAAGCAUUGGUAGAAUGAAACAGAUCAGGAAGGACCAUACCAGGAAGGUAGGCUGGGCCAGUAGGUGAGAAGGCUGCAUGUUCUAAGUAGAUUCAUAGCAGCUGGACUGUACAGAAAAGAGGCCUUUGGCCGCUACACAUCUUAGGGGCACAACCUUUCUGUGUAUAGUACUGACAUUUAUUAAAAACCUACCUAGUAUGCCGGGUCCCAUGUUACAUGCUGUAUAUUCAUGAUAUUAUUGAAGUCUCAUAAAAGCCCUUUAAGUGAGAAACCUAAAAGUUAGGAAGGUAAAUAACUUGCUCAAGGUUAUUUGGUCAUUAAGUGGUAGACCUGGGAUUCAAACCCUGGCAGUCCGAAAUAAAAGCCUGUGCUUAAGCUAUGCAACACCACCUCUCAAGGUCAAGGCCAGAAGGCAGUGUAUCAGGCCAUAUUGAUGGAUGGGCCCCAAACUUGGUCUUCCAAUAGGGCAUCCAGAGUUGCACGUCCAUGUCAGACAGGGAGGAUGGAAGAGAGGCUAUCAGGGUGAAGGUGAAGAACGUCCACGUUCAGCGACAGAACUGGGCCAGAGUGCCACAAAGACUAGCACACACGUAGGUUCUUGGUUUGGGGCUUGAGUGUAGCCAGGAAAGUGGGUGGGAGCAGCAUCAGGAAGUUGAACAGGUGGGCAGAUCAAUAGAACAACCAGAGCUUGAUUGUUAAUCUGAGAACAGGAACUGUACCAUCUGCCCUGCUUUAAAUAUUCUUCAUGGUCUAAGUCAAUAAGAAGACAUAAUGGGCAGCUUCUCAAAGGGAGACAAGGUUCUUUCUACUAGUCCUCAGGCACGAUUAGGGGAGAAAAAGAGCUAACAUUUGUAGAGUGUCUGCCAUGUGCCUUAGAUACAUAAUAUCACCAAAUCUUCAUUAAAGUCCUGGGAGGAGAUAUAUCAUGGCCUUUUUUUUUUGCUAGGAAAUGAAGGUUUAAAGAGGUUAAAUUACUUGCCUAAGCUCUUGGAGGCAGACUGGAAGAUGAAGGAGCUGUCAUGGAAACGGAUAUCUCUCUGAAUCUCAGCCUCAUCUUGUAUCUUCAGGGAGUCAUCCUGGUCCUGGCAGGGCAAGGUCAAUUUCAAGUCAGAGCCAUAGACAUGGGGCAGUCAGCAGGGACAUGUGGUUGGGAAGGGAGACUGUGGGGAAACGUUUAGACAUCUGAAUUGAGCUGAGAGCAGGUCAUCUGGACAGCAUUGUCCAUCAGGACUAGAUCCAGCUUUGGCAGAAAACCUAAUAAUCUAGUAGGUUUUUUUCCCCCUCAGCACAGGAUUGCUGUCAUUAUGCAGGACGGUUACAUCAGCAAGUCAGAUGUUUGGAGGGCUUAAUUUUAGUCACUGAUUUCAGUUGAAGAGAAGGGACCUCUGCCAGCUGCCAUGGCCUGAAUUUACCUUUAUUUAUAUAGGUACUUUGCCUGGAAAUAUGAUACAUAAGAAAGAGAUACAUAUAAAGAGAAAGUUAGAGAGGAAGUGUACGAGCAUACACUGAGUGUGGCCAGUAUGUGGACUCCAGCUACAGAGGUCUAUGCUUGAAGAUGCUCUAAAUGAAACUAUUUACUGAUGGAAUGUGAGUGAUAUUCUCCAACAAAUGCAAGGUCAGAUUGGUCUCUGCAUAGAUUUAUGGCUGGAUGUAGAUUCCUCUAUGUGCAGUGGACUGUGUAUACGUAUGAGAAGAGAAAGCAGAAUAAAAAGAAUAAAAGGCUGAGCUAUGAUAGCAACUGGUGGAGUAAUAACUGGCCUGGCUGCCUUGAAAAGGCAAGACUCUGCCAGAUCACAGCAUCAUGUCAACCUCAGCCCAUCACCUGCUGCCCAGGAAAAGAAACCAGUCAGACGUCGACCACGGGCCGAUGUUGUGGUUGUUCGAGGCAAAAUCCGGCUUUAUUCCCCAUCUGGUUUUUUUCUCAUUUUAGGAGUACUUAUCUCCAUUGUAGGAAUUGCAAUGGCAGUCCUUGGAUAUUGGCCCCAGAAAGAACAUUUUAUUGAUGCUGAGACAACGUUGUCAACAAACGAAACUGAGGUCAUCCGGAACCAAGGCGGUGUGGUGGUUCGCUUCUUUGAGCAGCAUUUGCAUUCCGAUAAGAUGAAAAUGCUUGGCCCUUUCACAAUGGGGAUUGGCAUUUUCAUUUUCAUUUGUGCUAAUGCCAUUCUUCAUGAGAAUCGUGACAAAGAAACCAAAAUCAUACACAUGAGGGAUAUCUAUUCCACAGUCAUUGAUAUCCACACGCUAAGAAUCAAGGAGCAAAAGCAUAUGAACGGCAUCUACACUGGUUUAAUGGGAGAAACAGAAGUAAAACAGAAUGGGAACUCCUGUGCCUCGAGACUGGCAGCUAACACCAUUGCUUCUUUUUCAGGUUUUAGGAGCAGUUUUCGGAUGGACAGUUCUGUUGAGGAAGAUGAGCUUGUGAUAAAUGAAAGUAAGAGUUUGGGGCAUCUUAUACCACCUUUGCUCUCUGACAACUCUGCCUCUGUGUGUGGCCUCUAUCCACCUCCUUCCAAGACAGCUGAGGAUAAGUCCAGUGGCCCUAAGAAAUGUGAAACCAAGUCAAUUGUGUCAUCAUCCAUCAGUGCUUUUACAUUGCCUGUGAUCAAACUUAAUAACUGUGUUAUUGAUGAGCCCAGUAUAGACAACAUCACUGAGGAUGCUGAUACCCUUAAAAGUAGGUCAAGGAAUUUGUCAAUGGACUCCCUGAUGCUCCCCCUACCCAAUAGCAGUCAGCCCUUCCAGCCAGUCAGUAUGAUUCUUCCAAGGAAUAAUUCCAUUGGUGAGUCAUUGUCAAGUCAGUACAAGUCCUCUGUGGCCCUUGGACCUGGGGCUGGACAGCUCUUGUCUCCUGGGGCUGCUAGAAGACAGUUUGGGUCCAACACAUCCUUGCAUUUGCUCUCGUCCCACUCAAAAUCCUUAGACUUAGACCGAGGUCCUUCCACCCUAACUGUUCAAGCAGAACAGCGGAAACAUCCAAGUUGGCCUCGGUUGGAUCGAAGCAACAGCAAAGGGUAUAUGAAACUAGAGAACAAAGAGGACCCAGUGGAGAGGCUGCUUGUGCCCCAAGCUGCCGUCAAGAAAGACUUUACCAAUAAGGAGAAGCUUCUUAUGAUUUCAAGAUCUCACAAUAAUUUGAGUUUUGAACAUGAUGAGUUUUUGAGUAACAACUUGAAGCGGGGAACUUCUGAAACAAGGUUUUAAUGUUGAAAAAUUUAUUAUUUUACAAGGCUGUAUAUUUUAAACCUAUUUUCACCAGUGUUUCCUUGUUAAAGCCUUGGUUAUAAGCCUUUUUAAUCAAAUAAUUUGUAGUGUAUUAGGCCUGGCUGCUUAAAUUCUGUAAUGGAGAUGGUUAUAUCUUUGGGUUACUUAUGACUGCAGUACUUUAUAUUAUCACAUAUGAUUUUGUUUUUUCCAUUCCUUAGAAAGCACUUUUUCUUUUGUUAAUAUGAAUACAAAAUACUUCCAUCCAAAUUAAAGUUCCUUUUCUUUACUUUAAAGUUCUUUCAUUGAUGGUCAUAUUCAUAGAACGAAAUGUCCAGUUUGGAAAAGGCAGGGUACCAAGGUGUGGAUGAGAAGUACCAAAUUCGGGCCCAAAACUCAACGUAGAUUUCUAAAUGAUUGUGAAUGUAAAUCCUAGGUGUGAUUUUCUGAAUAAUUGUUUUUAUAUAGUAUUGGUUAAAUUAUUUAAAAGGGAAAAGAUCUAGCUUUUGUGCAAGCUAGAAAACGUGAAUUGGUAAAAUUAGUUUAGUUCUAUGUGAACUAAAUGGUUAAGUUGGUUGUGUCUAGGGCCCUGAGCUCUAAGUAGGUGUUAUCUUUUUUCUUUUCUUUUCUUUUCUUUUCUUUUCUUUUCUUUUCUUUUCUUUUCUUUUCUUUUCUUUUGUCUUUCUAGGGCUGCACCCACGGCACAUGGAGGUUCCCAGGCUAGGGGUCGAAUCAGAGCUACAGCUGCCAUGCUACACCACAGCCUCAGCAGCGGGGCAUCUGUGCCGUGUCUGCUACCUACACCACAGCUCACGGCAAUGCCAGAUCCUUAACCUACUGAACAAGGCCAUGGAUCGAACCUGCGUCCUCAUAGAUGCUAGUCAGAUUCGUUUCCACUGAGCCACAAUGGGAACUCCAGGUAUCUUUUUCAAUACCAGUUCUAUUUUAGUGAUAUUUUAUAAGAAACCAUGUAUUCAAGAGCAAUGGCUGAGAAUGCCAGAUAUUCUUAGGGGUAAAUAUCAAAAUGCUAGUAGCUGUAACUUUAGAUAUUGAGGAUGGGAAUUUCUUUGCAACUGACUAGAAACAUGAAAGAAACAAUUUAGUGUUUAGAAGUACUAUCUUGAAAUAAUUAUGUAUAUGAAGAAAAUAUUGACUAAUGAAUGAAAAUAUAUUAUAUGCUAGUUAAUGCUAACUAGUUUUAAGUAACUUCUUCUAGUCAUCUCUGUAAUUAUCUUAUAUCCACUAAUUCCCACAUCUUUGUUUCUCCCCCGAUAGUUUUUAGAUCCUGUUAUUCGGAAAAGAAUCAGUGAACCUUGACAUUUCUUUCAUCUGCACAUAUCACUCAGUUGGUCGUUGUAGAAAAUUUAGUCCUUGAUACAUUGCCUUGAAAUUUACCUUGUGCUAGAAAGCCUUAUGACAACUCCAAAGACUUUCUUAUGGUGUAAUAAAUACUUAGGAUGGUGGCUCUCAGUUAUCAAAGAGAAUAACUAUGAAAAUGGAUUUUCCACCAGAAUUUUUCCUGUUUUUCAAUAAGGUAAUCUAAUUAAAAAAAUAUUUAAUGGAAUACUCAGGAAAUUUUACAGGUUUUUCCCAAUGCCUGAACAUUUCUGAACAUCAGUAUUGCAGUUGUUGUGGAAAAGGAGAAGGAAGAUACCUUUGUAUUUGUAGCUCCCCGCAGUUCCACCUUGUAUUGGCAUCAAAAGCUUCCCUGGAUUGAGGCACAGUAUUACUUGUUAGAACAUUAAGCCCGUGUAUUGUAAUCGAGUGGGCUUAAUGUUUUAUGAUAAAGCAUUGAAUAAAUCUCCAGUCUUAAUACAAGUUUGUGUUCUUCCUAUAGUUGCUUUUAUUUUUUGAAUAAAAUACAUUUCUGCUGGAAGUGCUGUUUUUCAAACUUUCAUAUGUGUUCUAUGGAAGGUGCUUGAUACUCUAACAUAUGCACUGGGUACAGCAGCUUUUUUAUUUUGCUUCUAUUAGGUUAAAGAGCUAUGUCCAUCUACCUAUUGAAUUAAGCUAUUUUCAUAUUUUGUUAUUUUGAUGUGAUGGUUAAUUUUUAUGUGUCAGGUCAACUGAGCUAAGGAAUGUCCAGAUUUCUAGGUGUGUCUGUGAGGGUAUCUCAUGAAGAGACCAGCAUUUGAACUGGUAGACUGAGUAUAUGGCACAAAUGAAUCUUUCCACAGAAAAGAAAAUCAUGGACUUGGAGAAUAGACUUGUGGUUGCCAAGGGGGAGGGAGUGGGAUGGAUUGGGAGCUUGGGGUUAAUAGAUGCAACUAUUGCCUUCGGAAUGGAUUAGCAAUGAGAUCCUGCCAUGUAGCACUGGGAACUCUGUCUAGUCACUUAUGAUGGAGCACGAUAAUGUGAGAAAAAAGAAUGUACACAUGUAUGUGUCACUGGGUCAACAUGCUGUACAAUAGAAAAAAAUUGUAUUGGGGAAAUAACAAUAAAAAAUUAAAAAAAAAGAAAAAAUACACAGCUUAAAAAAAAAAAAAAAAAAGAAUUGGUAGACUGAGGAAACGAAAUUGCCCUCACUGAUGCGGAUGGACAUGACAGUUCAUGGAAGGCCUGAAAAGGAUAAAAAGGCAGAAGAAGGAUUCGCUCUCUCUCUCUCCUUGAGUUGGUGCAUCCAACCUGUCCUGCCCUAGGAGGUCAGUGCUCCUGGUCCUUAUGUCUUUGGACUCAGACCGGGACCUAGACCAUUGGCUCCCUUGGUUUUUAGACCUUGGAUGUGGGCUAGAACAACACCACCUGCUGUCUUGGGCCUCUCUGACUUGUAGACAGAUUGUAGAACUUCUCAGUUUCACAAUCAGGAGAGCCAGUCCUUCAUAAUACAUAUCUAUCUGUCUGUAUCCCAUUAGUUUAGUUUCUGGAGGACCCUGACUAAUACACUUGGGAUCAUUUUCACUUAAAAUUUCAUUGACUUUCAGGAAAAUAACCAGAUACAUAGCAUUUUAGCAAAUGUCAGUGAUACUCCCAGAUUUGAAAACAAAGGCUCUAACACCCCUGAUGUGACAAAUGACUAAAGCCAUAUAAUUUCUCAGUUCACCCCUGAAAGAGCUCUAGCAAUUUGAAGAGGAUUAAACAGCAUGGAUCUUGGAAGAUUUAAAUAAAUGAAUUGGGGGCUGGAAGCAGUGAUUUUUCUUCGGCCUCCUUUCUGUCCAAAAGCCUGGUUUUUUUUUACUUACAAGACAAAUCAACUUUAUGAAAUAUAAGUAAAUUUCUAAUUUUAAAUUAAUCUAAGACAUGUGUUGCUAAGUAGAGCUUCAGAUGAAUAUGAAAUAUCUGAUGUUGCCAUAUUGACUAUGCAAUUCUACCCCAAAGCAAUGAAACCUAGAAUUUUAGUUAUGAUUUAUUUGUGCAUUUCCCUUAGGCUUUUAUAAAUAUUUCAAAUUGCUUAUAAACUCCGUUUCUUCUUCUGGGAAAUCCCAGGAAUCUGGAGCAUGAACUGGCUGCCUCUAGUCCUUUAGAGUUCUAAGGCCUAUGGACUCCUUGGAGUAUAUGGACUCUCUCGCUCAGGCUGCCAUACAAAAUAUCAUGGAUUGGGUGGCUUAGACAAUAAAAAUUUAUUUAUUUUCUAACAAGUCUGAAGUCCAAGAUCAAAGUGUUUGGCUUGUCCUGAGGCCUGUCUCUUUGGCUUGCAGAAGGCCACUCUUUUUGUGCCUCUGGUGUGUCAUUGUCAUCUUAUGACCACAUGUGUCAUUGUCAUCUUAUGACCGUGUUGGAUUCAAGCCCCACCUUAGAGGCCUUAUUUCACCUUAAUUAACUUUUACAAGUUAAUUUAAUAUGGUUGCAUUCUGAGGUACAGUAGGUUAGGAUUUAGAUAUAUGAGUUUGAGAAUGUGCUCAUAACAUGAGGUGUGCCCUUGAGAAGUGGGAAAGCCGAGGGGUCUUAGCCUGGAUUAGGUGCAAAGAGCAGAGUAUGCCCCCAAUGACUUUGCCACCGCAGCUGUGUAGCCUUGAAUAAAUCACUUAAUCUCUCCAAUUUUAAUUCAUUCAAUUUUAAUUAAUUUCUUAAAUUUGAGAUUUGUUCCUCAAGCGUGAUGUGAGAUGAAUUAACAACAUAAAGUCCUUUCUAACUCUAAACACCUGGGGUUCUUGGUGCCCUGGGAUGAAGGUCCAUGGCCAUAGAUUAAAUGGUCUGAUGCUCACAGAGGGUCCAGGAUGGUGCCACCGUGGGCACAUCGUGAACACUCAAUUUAUGUGAGGUAUCACUCUCUAAAAGCUUCACCUAAGAGCUUUUCAACUUUUACCCUGUCCUCACCCUACAUAUAUACCUCUUGUAGUAGGGUGAAUAAAGGCCCUCUGAAAUGUCCAUGUCCCACAUGGCAAAUGGACUUUCAACUCUAAGUUUAGGAUCCUAAAAUGGGGGAGAUUAGAUUAGAUUAUGCAGGUGGGCCCAAUGCAAUCACAAAGGUCUGUAUAAGAAGGAGGCUUCUGAAGAUUUGACUACAAGGAGAAGAUGAUGCAACCAAAGCAGGGAAAGAAUGGAAGAUGCUAAGGUCCUGGCUCUGAGAGGCCAUGAGCCAAGAAAUGCAAGAAAGGAAGCUCUAGAAGCUGAAAAAAGCAAGGAAAUGGAUUCUGCCCUCAGGGUCUUUAUCAGAACCAGCCUUGCUGACACCUUGACUUUAGCUUGGUGAAAAUGGACUCGGGGCUUCUAGAAUUGUAAGAGAAUAAAUACAGGUACUUUUAAUCCACUAGUUUUGUGUAAUUUGUUACAGCAGCCAUAAGGGUUUAAUAUUUGCCUCAAACAAGAUAAGCUGCUUCAGAACAGUGAGCCAGUCAGUAGUCAGCAGACUUAGAAGCAGAGUCAAGGGUGUCUACACCAGGUGAUGGCAGGUAGCCCAAAGCAGAAUG